CCACUCAGACUCGGCUCGGUUCAAGCGCACCCGCUCUCCUCCCAAUCGCUUAGCUUUUGAACGCCCCUCCGCCUCCUCUUCCCCGCCGCGACGCUCCGCCUGUCCCGUCCGCUUGCUUUUCCCGCCUCUUUGCUCUCAACCCCUCCCGACUCUCCCUCCGAACCCGAAAGCCAACCCCCUCCCUCUCCCCCACCUACCCCCUUCCCCCGCCCCCCCGGAGCCGCCGCCGCCGCUGCCGCCGACUCCAAUGGGCAGCAACGCGAAGGACCGAUCCGCCCGCAGCGGCCGGAAGGCCUGCCACGCCGGCAAGCACCAGCCCUCAUCCUCCAGGAGCCCCCCGCCGGCGUCCUCUUCCUCCUCCUACCCCUCCCCUUCUCCCGCCCUUGCCGAAGGCGAUCCGCACAUUGGGCACCCGAUCUCUAACCCUAACGCUCACCCUAGCGGUGCGUACGACGACAACGGGUGGGGCUACUGCACGGAGGAGCAACUCGAGGAGCUUCUCCUCAAAAAUCUUGACCUUAUCUACCGAGAGGCGCUCAACCGGCUGCUCACGCUCGGGUACGACGAGGCGGCGGCGCUCCGGGCGGUGCUCUGCAGCGGGCACUGCUAUGGAUCCAUGGAUGUGCUCUCGAACAUCCUCCACAACGCCAUGUCGCACAUCAACUGGGCGCCGGCGGCGGCCGGGCAUUGCGACGCCGGAGGUGGCGUCCCGGCGAAUGGGUUCACCGACCUCUGCCACCUCCAGGAGUACUCCCUCGCCGAGAUGAUGCGCCUUCUUCAACAAGUUCGCCCCCGUCUCACCCGGGGGGACGCCAUGUGGUGCCUUCUGAUGAGCGACCUCCACGUGGGUCGCGCGAGUACCAUCGAUAUCCCCACUCCCCCCUACCCCGCCCCCACCGCCGUCCCCGCUCCCCUCACCGCCGGCGGCUGCAGCUCUGCAUGCGGCGCCGAAUAUGCGCGGCCAACGACCGGCCUCUGCAAAUUCCAUGCGGCGGAGGGAGGCGGCGGGAGCACCGAUCUUCCUCCCUCCGUGUGGUCUGCCAUGAGGCGGAAUGCCAAUGCCUCGGUACGGCAGAGGGCGGAGGUCGGCUUGGGGUCGUCGUCCUCGGAGCAGCCGCAGGUGGAUAGAUCUGCCGCUGCUGUUGAGGCGGGGGAUGACGCCCGAGGGGAUCUUGUGGACUCUGUGCUGAAGGGAUUGGAAGCGAUGAGCCUUGAUGAGGAGGGGAAGUCACCGGAUGGGGCUGAGGACCAUAAAAAGGAGGUGAUUUUGGAUCUUGUUCGCCAGAUUAGGGAACUUGAGGGUCAGGUGAAGGAGCGCAAGGAGUGGGCUCAGAAGACGGGGCUGCAGGCCGCUCGGAAGCUGAGCAAUGACCUAAUUGAGCUGAGGACAUUAAGGAUGGAGCGGGAGGAGAACCAGCGCCUGAAGAAGGGGAAGCAGGUGCUGGAGGAUGCGACGUUGAAGCGGCUGACUGAGAUGGAGAAUGCGCUGAAGAAGGCGACUGGGCAAGUGGAUCUUGCGAAUGCUGCUGUCUGUAGUCUCGAGACUGAGAAUGCAGAGAUACAGGCUGAGGUAGAGGCGUCAGAGCUGAGUGCAUCAGAGUCUGCAAGGAUGUGCCUCGAUGUGGCGAGGAAGGAGAAGAAAUUGCUGAAGAAGGUACAGGCAUGGGAGAAGCAGAGAGAAAAGAUUCAGCAGGAGAUUGAUAAGGAGAAGAGGAAGAUUGCAGAAACCGAGCAGAAAUUGGCUGAAGUCAAGGUGGCAACAAAAGAAACUGAGGCAAAAUGGAAACGUGAAGUAAAGCUUAGAGAACUAGGGACCGCACAAGCUGAGGAGGCCCGUAGAGCCAGAGAAGCUGCUGAGAUUAACGCCAAGAGAAGACAAGAGGCACUGCAGCGGAAGAUCGAAUUAGAUUUUCAGUGCCACAAGGAUGACAUUCAAAGGCUCGAAGAAGAACUUUCCCGUCUCCACGCAACUGCAGCUUCAACCCAGCUGAAUAAUCUAUCCUUUAAUGCUCUGAACUCAGGAGAUGCUGAUGCAAUGAAGGCAUUGAAAGAAGGCAAUGAAGAGAUGCAUACUGGAUUCAAUAAACCACAGGAGUCAUCUCGAAAGCUGAACCAUGACAGGGUUUGUGUGAUCUGCUUGAAGGAUGAUGUGUCUGUGCUUUUCCUGCCAUGUGCUCAUCAGGUCGUAUGUGUCAACUGCAACAAGGACCAUGAGAAGAGUAAAGGGAGCUGCCCAUGCUGCAACACGAAGAUUGAUGAAAGGAUACGUGUUUAUGGUGUAAGCUCUUAGAUCAAGUUGAUUGGUUGCUAGGGUGCCAUACGAUCCAGCAAGGUGCAAGUUGAACUUUUUGUCUCAGCAAUAUUUCAUCUGAACUUUGGUGUAAGUUCUACUGGCAUAAACUUCUGGUUGCCCUCAUAUCAGCAUAUGAACAGUCCAUAUUUACUUUUGCUUUAUGUAAGUUAUCAUGUCUUUACAUGUUGAAUAAACAUGUGCUGCUGUAAAUGAAACUUGAACAAAGGAUAAUGUAGCAUUUUGGGUGGUAUUUUGCAUUUACAUA